CCAUCGUCCAAACCACUGCCCCCAUCUCCCUUCUCAAUCCCCUUCUCCCGGCCGCCUCCGCGCUGCUCAUGGAAACGCCUUCUAGAUGAGCCAGCAACAUCCUUGGGGCUCCGCAAGACAGCACCAGACCGCACGGCUAACUCCCAUAUCAACCGCAUUCGCGCAAGAACAACGCAACACUCCCUCCCCUAGCAGUUCGCGCCCUGGCUUUUCUCCCGCUGCCUCUAACUUCCCAUCGCUACCCCCCUCUUCUGCUCGACACGUCGGGAGCCGCAAGUCGUCGGCGGCCUCGUCGACAAGCUCACUCUUCUCCCCCUCCCACACCGGACAGCAGCUCCCGGUCAGCCAGCUGCUGUCCUCCCGGACUAGGACCAUAGCGCCGCAACCCGUCUCGCAACUGGCGUCCUCCGCUGCCGCCUUGCCUACCGCAUCGCAGAGUGGUGGUGGUACCUCGAGCAGCGGCGGAGGGGCCCCCAAGCUUGCCCGCGGCUCGCCUUCACUCUCAACCUCGAGUACCGUCGGAUCGCCAAAUACGUCUGCAAACCCUGCUACUAGCGCGGCGGGCCAGAGUCUGGCCCGGAUUGUCAUUGCACAAGUCUUCCUACUGCUCAGCCAGUUUGGGACUGUGAAGGACGAAAAGGAUCGAGCUAAGUGGGACACACAGGCUGAGCAGAUUCGCAAGCUGAUCGAUUCGAACGGUAUGGAGGUCUUUGCGAAGUACUUCCGGCGUCUGCUACAGAACAAUGCCGGGCAGAUAUUUCCCACUACGGGGAGAACAGCGGAGCCAAACGGCAGCUACCAGCUACUGGUGACCGAGAUGCAGAAGAUCAAGAAGGAUCCCGAGCAAGCUGCAAGGAUUGCAGAGUCGAUUGAUUCGCCCGAGGGCGACCUGUUUCGCGACUUUGACCUCUCCGCCUUCAUGUCGCAUUUCCAGCUGGACCCCAUUGAGAAGGCCACGCUAGCUCUCGCAUUCAGGUCAGCUAACAAGGCGGACCUCAGGACAAAAGCCGACGCAAUCCUCUCGAGCCUUGACGAAGAGCUCAUGGUGGCCAUCGCUUCUGACGAGCUUAGCACUGACUUCCUAGCUUUUCUCCUCGAACGGCUCCUUCAAGACCCACCCCGGGAUUGGAAUGAGGAUAAGAAGUCUUCGUUGUCAUACGUCGUGCACCACCGGUUCCAGGCAUAUCAAGCUAGCCCCCCGGUCGAGAUCCUGUCAUUGCUCAUGCUGGUCGAACUGACGAAUGCGUCGCAAAAUCCUUUGGUGAAGCUAGUACAACGCGCUGGUCCGCGAGCCACAGUGACCGUGGAUUCGUGCAAAGAAAUGCUUGCAUCCGCAGAGAUGCGCGACAUCAGCUACCAGCAAGUUGCCAAUGUUCUUCUCUACAUGGCUAUCUCUCAGGGCGGUCAAGCAUACAAUGCGAAGAAUUUUGUAGCGGCACUACGGGAGCAUCGGGCAGGCCAGCGAUUGGACUGGCAGGAUGUUGUUCAUGCGUUUGAUCGAGAAAACGUCCGAAUUACGAAGCCUCAGUUGCUCACCCUAGUCGACGCAUUGCUCCCUAUCGCGAACGAAACGGAAACGUUCGAUCUCCAGCUACUGUGGGGUGGUGAAUGGACGAACGAGUUGACCCAGCUAUACUUUGUCACGGCCUUACUCUCUUGUACUCCAGAGGAACUCGAUGCAUCCCAAAUACCACGGCUAAGGGUGUCCUAUACCACGAAGAUGUUUGAGGGAGCUCCUACUGAAGUUAAGACGUUUGCAGAGCAGGCAGUAAAGCACCCCUAUGUCUCCCUAGAUGCCACAACCGCACUGUUUAGCAUGAUCUUCAGAUCUUCAGAGGCUUAUCAGCAGGCCCAGAUGCUCGGUAUUCCGGACGCUAUCAUCAACUCGCAUACCGCCGAGUUUCUUGUCGCUGCGGCCGGAGUCCCAAAACCAUGGGGUGCCCUACAAGAGCAAGCCUUGAAACAGCUGUUUGAUCCAUUUUUUUCGAAGCACUUGGUGCCGUACAACUUCGUUCUUUAUGGGCUUUGGCAACAAGAUAACCAAUGGCUGGUCGAUCGAUUCAUCGACGCAUACAGCAACGACUCAAGGUCCUUAACUCUCAUCAUGGAUCAUGCCCAAGCCAAUGGCUGGCUUGAAGCUUUGAUUCGGGCCAACGCCGAAUUCAGUCUGGAUCUUGCCGCCCAGGCGCACGCUCGAGGUCUCUUUGAAAUCGAGCCAUGGUUACAGCAGACCUUUGAACAAAAUGGCGCCUUCUUCCGCAGAGUUUUAACCGCCUUCCUCGGCCAGAGAGCUACAGAGGAGAUGGAGAGCUUGCGCGAUGAUCAUCAUCCCCUAAUCCUACCGCUCGCAGUCAAAACUGUUCAUCCCAUGCUGUGGUUUCUCGCCGAAUGUGGACUUCCUGAAUCAGAGCUUCUUCCCUUGCAGAGAAAAUGCAUACAAGCUUUCCCGCGUCUGAUCAACUAUGGUGAAGGCGUGGACGAGAUCAUAGAUUCGAACGGCGAAAAUGGAAACGCUCUUCCGGAAGAUGCCGAUAAAAAGAUGCAGGAGCACUUCAAAAAUAUGUACAGCGGUGAAAGCGAUGUCCGUGACAUCAUCACGAUCUUGAAGAAAUACAAGGAAUCGCAAGAUCCUGCUGAUCAAGACCUUUUCGCUUGCAUGAUCCAUGGUCUCUUUGAUGAGUACAACUGCUUUGGGGAGUAUCCCUUGGAAGCUUUGGCCACCACGGCUGUUCUCUUCGGCGGCAUCAUCAGCUACAACCUCCUAUCUCGGAUUGCUCUCCAAGUGGGCCUGGCAAUGGUUCUCGAGGCUGUACAAGAAUACCGACCUGAGGAUUCCAUGUACAAAUUCGGACUUCAAGCUCUCCUUCACUUCUCAAACCGACUCUCUGAGUGGCCCAACUACUGCGAUCAACUUCUCAUUGUACCUGGCCUCCAAGGAACCGAGAUCUACACUAAAGCUGAAGAAGUGGUCCAACAACAGGAGAGCGAAAUUAACGGAGAUACUCAGAACGGCAUUGAUAUGACAAAUGGGACCAAUAUGGACGACUUGGUUCCGCCAGAGUCCAUCGUACCUAAGUUCACUUGCCUUCACGUAGGCCCACCUCUGAGGGAGGAUUCCUAUGAACCGCCCGAUGAAGAAGUUCAAGACAAGGUCUUGUUCGUUCUCAACAACGUGUCAGAACGCAACCUCAAUGAUAAAAUCCACAUCCUAACGGAGUCUGUGGAGGAGAAACAUCAUCAAUGGUUCGCUAGCUAUCUGGUCGAGGAGCGAGCGAAGGUGCAGCCGAAUUUCCAAAAACUGUAUCUUACCAUGUUAGAUCUCUUCAACGACAAGAUGCUUUGGGAGGAAGUCCUUAGGGAGACCUAUGUUGCGGUCAUAAAGAUGCUGAACAGUGAUGCGGCGCUAGGAUCUACCGAGCGAACGCAUCUGAAAGCUCUCGGUGGUUGGCUCGGAUCGCUCACGAUCGCUCGCAACAAACCAAUCAAAUUCCGCAACAUAUCAUUCAAAGACCUUCUGAUCGAAGGCUACGACACAGACCGCCUUUUGCUUGUCAUUCCCUUCACUUGCAAGGUUCUUGUGAUGGCAGCUGAGUCAGACGUCUUCAAGCCGCCAAACCCAUGGUUGAUGGAAAUCAUCCAUGUUCUUAUGGAACUCUACCACUACGCUGAUUUGAAACUCAAUCAAAAAUUCGAGAUUGAGGUCCUCUGCAAAGGGCUUAAUCUCGACCACAAAGACAUUGAGCCAUCUGACAGCAUUCGAGCAAGGCCCCAAGUUAACGAAGAAUAUCUCGGACCUAUAGUUCCCGACGAGCUAGAGGCCUUCAAUAAUUUAUCUCUCAUGAGUCUCAAUCGAGCUCGUGGUCCAAGCGAACGCUUCUCGUCUGCUGCGAUUACCUCAGGCCUCCCCGAUUUCUCCAACCAGCUUAUCUAUCCGCCGUCCGGAAACAGUGUAGUUCCGCCAACAACCCUGAAGAAGAUCUUUCUCACGGCUGUUAACCAAGCCAUACAAGAGAUCAUCGCCCCGGUGGUGGAGCGGUCGGUUACUAUUGCGGCUAUUUCGACAUCGCAGCUCGUCAGUAAGGAUUUUGCCAUGGAAGGAGAUGAGGAGAAGCUACGUAAGGCCGCUCAUACAGUUGUGAAGUCAUUGUCUGGAGCUUUAGCCCUUGUCACCUGUAAAGAGCCGUUGCGCAUGAGCAUCAUGAAUAAUAUCCGAGUCAUGGCGCGGGAUCUCCCUGAGCAAGCCCUACCCGAGGGCCACGUGCUCAUGUUUGUCAACGACAAUCUAGAUCUUGUUUGUGGCACCGUGGAGCACGCGGCUGAGAUGUCAUCAAUGGCCGAGAUCGAUAUGCAGAUAGAGGAGGCAGUGAGGAUGCGACGGAUUUUCCGGAACACCCGACCAAACGAACCCUACAAGGAUGGCAGUAUUAGUCCUUGGGCAUUCUACAUCCCUGAGCCUUACAAACAGACCAAUGGCGGCCUGAACCGAGAGCAGCUAGCAAUCUAUGAAGAGUUUGGAAGGCAGUCCAGAGGUCUCCCCCACGGAAACAACGCGUCGCAGGAUAGUGGACGACAGGUUCCUGACGUCUUGCAGGAUCAAUUUGCGGCGGUUCCCAACCUCCCAACCCCAGCCACGGCUCCAGCUGAGCCACGACAAGUCACACAGCCGCCACGUCUUCAAAGCCUUCCGUCCGCCCAUGUUCCCCCAACUGCUCAGCUUAACGGAUUUAUGGAGCCUUCCGGUCCAGAGCGCGGGCAGCGUAAUGUCGAAGAACUCUUUGUGGAGUUGACGCGGACUGCCAAAGAAGCACCAGAGGAACGCCUUGGUGAGCUUCGACAAGGCAGCCCAAUCCAUCCUAUCUUUGAACAGCUCAUCUCAACUAUCGAAUAUGCCGGAGUGAACAAAGACCACCUGGCUUUUCGAAUUGCUGGGACCGUCACGAACUAUCUCUUUUCAGAACAGCUCAACCGCUUGGAAGUUGAGGUCUUAACUCAUCUCCUAUCAACACUGUGCCAGCUUUCCGUUCAGACCUCCAGACAGGUUCUCAUGUGGCUGGCACAGAUUCACGACGACGACCGCCUCUUCAACGCUACCGUUAUGAUUUGUUUGAUGGAUGUUGGCCUCAUGGACAUGCAUCGACUCAAUACCACCAUUGCCAAAGCCAUCCAGCAACGACGGCUUGCUGCAGUGGAGAUGCUCUCCAAUAUUAUGGAUGAUAUUCUCCUUAACGAGUAUCCAAGUGCCCUACGUGCCGACUUUGCGUUGUCUAUCGAUGCUCUCACCAGCUGGCUAGCUGAAGAUCCUACCUUUGAAAUUGGGAGACAGCUGAUAUCGAAGCUGCAAAUUCUCCCUACAGAGCAAACUGUGACCCCGCCGGCAACCGGAAAGAAAGACCAAUUGGAAUACAUAUUUGAUGAAUGGGUUCAUCUCCAACUUCCAGAUACGCCAAAGAAGUCCAUCGCUGCCUUCAUCUACCAAUUACAUCAGAUGAAAGUCCUGAAGACCCAAGAAGACUCCAUCGAAUUCAUUCGAACUUGUAUCGACGCCUCUGUUGCAUCCUACGAGCGCGAAGAAUUGCUUCCGUUCGGCACAGGAAACCCAGAUACCGCAACCAUCAACGUAGACGCUCUUGGAAAGCUGAUUGUCUCUCUUGUUGUUUACCAAGGGGAAGAAGACGGAGCGGUCAAGGAAAGCAAGGCGAAAUAUCUUGACAGCAUGCUCUAUGUGGUGAUCUUUGUCCUCUGCAAUCACCAACAAACACGUGGCGAGCGUUUCCCCCAAAAGGUCUUCUUCCGAUUACUUUCGGCAAUUCUGUUCGAGCUCAAUGAAUCAGCAAAAGAUAAUGCCUUUGCUGGCUUCAAAGCCGAUAUUUUCCUGGUUGUCGCCAAGGCCUUUCUGGUGUUACAACCCCAAAACUUCCCACAGUUUUCUUUCUCUUGGUUGGCCUUGAUUGCACAUCGAAUCUUCAUCCCCGCCCUGCUGGAUGAUUUCCCUUCAGAAAACGAUACCAAAGACAAGCGAUGGGACAGCUACGCACAACUGAUGGAGACCCUGCUCACAUAUACUGGCCAAUUGAUCAAGCCGGCGAGUGAGAGUCUCAUGGCUCAAAACUUCUAUCGUGGGGUGCUUCGAGUUCUGCUAGUUAUCCACCAUGAUUACCCGGAGUUCCUUGGAGAGAAUCACUUCCGAUUCUGCAACGCACUUCCAAUGCACUGCACACAACUGCGCAAUCUCAUUGUUAGCGCAUACCCAACUGACAUCAUGGAGAUGCCGGACCCUUUCACUACUGGUCUGAAAGUUGACCGCCUCGAAGAUAUUCGUCAGAGCCCCAACGUUCGCGCCGACAUUGACCAGAUUCUUAGUCAUGCGGGCAUCAAGGACACGCUCGACGACUUACUGCGAGCUUCAGAGCCAAGUACAGAGGAUGUGGAGAAAGUCUGCAAUGCCACGUACUAUGGAGAGCCGAAGCCUGCCGGGUUUGAAUUAGUAGCCACUACAGCCAAUCCUGCCUUGAUCCACGCAAUCAUCCUUUAUGUUGCCUCCACGACUCUGGCGUCACAGGGCUCGAAGGAGCGAGGCUUCAAACCUGAAUCGUCUGCCGCGAGACUGUUGGAGCAACUAGCUAAAGAACUUGGACCUGAGGCCAAAUAUCAUUUCAUUAGCGCAAUUGCUAACCAGCUUCGCUGGCCUAACGCUCAUACUCACUACUUCACAUAUGCGCUUCUUCACCUAUUUGGCCCUCCAAAUAACGACCCGCAAGUCCUAGACGUUCAACAGACCAUCACGAGGGUUCUUUUGGAGCGACUGCUGGUCCACCGCCCUCAUCCCUGGGGAUUGAUCAUCACACUUCUAGAGGUUCUCCAGAACCGCAUGUACGCGUUCUGGGACUUGCCAUUUGUUAAGGCUGCCCCAGAGGUCGAGCGAUUGUUCAACGCUCUUUUUGCUCAUGUCCGUCAGAGCCCUCGCCCACUUGUCUAGGCAAACUUGCGCGCCACCUAAUUACAAGCGCAAUACCAACAUCGAAACCUCCGAACCAUAUUGUUGGUGCGCGUGAGCGGCGCAGCUAACUAUUUCCCGAACUAAUGUCUGCUCUUCUCCAAUGCAUUUGCGUGGGGUUAUGGGGAUUUUCUCUCUA